AACUGGCAACCAACUCCAUGGAUUUGGUGUUCUGCAGGUCAAACAGGUGUUACGUGUUCUGCGCCAACAAAAGGGACAAUGGAGUGGCCAGUUUUCCUUUCAUAACUAGAGUGGGAAUAAAUAGAUGCUUUGGGAAGGUCAGCAGUGAUACAACUUUCGGAUUGCACAGAGCCCAACCGUCUGCCACAAUGAUUUACCUUUCUGGACUUGUUGUUUUCCUGCUGGUGCUAACAGCUGAGGCCAGAGUUGGAAAUUCAUCAGAGUCAAAGUUCUGCUUUGAAACAGAACAAUGUCUGCUGUUCGACCUGAUUUGUGAGACUGACCAGUAUGAGGUUCGUCACUAUGACUCUGUGAAAUGGGUUACGACCGAGGAGUCGUCCAUCUUCAUGGAGAUCGCAGCAAUGAGAGCCUUCAGACGACUGUAUAAAUACAUCACUGGCACCAAUGAGAAAGAAAAGAAAAUUGAAAUGACAGCUCCCGUUCUUAUGAAAAUGCAAGAAGGUGACAGGAGAUUUUGGGAACCUGCUGUCUACACAAUGAGUUUCUUGCUGCCAGCUGAGCAUCAGAAGAAUCCCCCCAAACCUACUGAUGAUAAGGUGUACAUCCAGAAAAUGCCAGCUAUGAAAGUGUAUGUACAGAGCUACGGAGGAUGGAUGAGUGGCAUGUCCGACAAAAACCAAGCUUACAGUCUGUCCUCCGCCCUGGACUUAGCUGGUGCAAAGUACAAAAGCGACUUCCACUAUGCUGCUGGAUAUAACAGCCCAAUGACUUUGUUUAACAGGCACAAUGAGGUGUGGUAUGUCGUUGUGGAUGAGCCGGAGUGUUCCAGCAGUGAGGAACUAAACUUAUCUCUUUUCUCUUGAAUAUUGUGAGCCCUGUGCUAUGACAGCUUACAGCAAGCAGCGUAUGUAUAUGGAGAGAUGUUGUAGCUUCAAGCCAUUAUGCUUCGUAUCAUAAUGUGCCAUAUGAAUAACCAGCCAGUGAGAGCACAAAUAAAAAAAAAAAUGUAAUGAAUUUGAAUAAUAAAAAAAACUGCACUACUUACGAAAAUAGUUUUAUGCUGGCUUGUAUGAUUGUUUUCCGCGGUGUUCAAUAAAGUUACCCUUUUGCAUUCA